GUUCCUGGUCAAAGGAGAGAUCGUCAGUGGAAAACAAAUGUAGUUUAAUAUUUUUCGUGUGCUGGUAUUUGCUUGACGCUCUGCUCCAAACUCGUUUCUGAAGCCAUGGCACCAAAGUAAACUUUCCGGAAAUGAUUUGGGAAUAUUUCGAAGCCGCUCGACGACUCGGAAAUUCAGCGGGCUCUACGAGCGAGUGUGGGUGCUCGGCUGUCUGACAGCAGGAGCCUGUCUGCCUGUCUGAGCACAAAUACUGCACGAUGAGCGACAUGGACAACUCUGUCACCUUGUGGCAGUUCCUUCUCCAGCUCCUGUUGGAUUCCAGUAAUGAGCAGCUUAUCUGCUGGACCAACGAGGAAGGGGAGUUCAAGCUGCUGAAAGCCGAGGAGGUGGCCCGGCUGUGGGGAGCCCGCAAGAACAAGCCCAACAUGAACUACGACAAACUCAGCAGAGCACUCAGAUACUAUUACGACAAGAACAUCAUAAAGAAGGUGAAUGGUCAGAAGUUUGUGUAUCGCUUUGUGUCCUAUCCCGACAUCCUGAAAGGAGACGUUGGCAGCCGAACAGACGGCGGGGACGUGGGCAUUGGGGGCCUCGUGCCUGCAUCAAAAAGAGGAGAUGGCUCCUUACAGGAGGGUGAGUCCGCUGACAGGAACAAGGUGGGAGGAAGCACAGCAGCACUGGGCGCCAGCACCAAGCAGUCCAACCGGAACGACUACAUCCACUCUGGCCUGUACUCCUCCUUCCAUCUCAACUCUCUGCAAAAUGGACGCCAGCUCUUCAAGUCCAUCAAAAUAGAGAAUCCAGCAGAGAAGAUGGUCGACAAGCGGGGCCCUGCUGCCGCCUCGCAGAGCCAAGAGGCGCCAUCUCAGCCAGCUCAGGCAACCGCUCUGCCAUCAGUCAUCAAGUUUGGCAACAGCCCUCCAAAGCCAGCUCCGCCUCCUCAGGUUGCCAUAGAGAUACCAGUGAUGUCCACCCACAUUGAUCCUCACCAGGCUACGGUUCAGAGGGCCGAAGACAUCAGCACGCACUCGGCCCUGCAGUCGCAGGUCGUCUACACAUUCGAACACGCCCGCCCGCCAGAGCCGGCCUUCAGCCUACCAGACCUGAGCUCAGCCAGCCCGUCCCCCAGCCUGGAGCCCGAGUCGUCUCAGGAGCUUGUGAUUGACAGCGACAUGGACCUGACGUCCUCUCAGCCUGCGGACCCCGAGGCACUGGAGUCCACAGACGCUCAAAUGCACGACAAGGGGGACAGCAGCAUCGUUCUGUCUGCAGAUGAGACCAGUUUGGUGAGCACCGACACCAGUUCAUCAUCAGUGUGCAGCAGCAUCACGGUCAGCACCCAGAGCUCAGGGAAGACACGCAAACCACCAAAAAUCCUGCAGAUCAGCCCGCCCACUCUGCUCGUCACCGCCUCCGACUUCUCCCCCAUGAACAUCUGCAGCCCCUCGCUGCCCACCGCCUCCCUCACGCCGGCGGUGCUGCAGACUCCAACCCUCCUGCUGACUCCCAGUCCUCUGCUGUCCAACAUCCACUUCUGGAGCACGCUCAGUCCGGUUGCUCCGCUCAGCCCAGCCACACGACGGCAGGGAGGCCACCUGUUCCAGUUCCCCUCCGUCCUCACACCCCAGUUCCAGAUCCCAGUACACAGCCUCGAUGGAACCAACACACCUGGUCCCAUCUCACCUGACCCCCAGAAGACAUAGGGUGUCUCCGCCCCCCAGCCACCCCAUCCUCCUCCCACUGCUCCAUCUCCUGCUCCCACAUCCAGGAUAAUAGGACAGGAUCAGAGACCCCGUCGCCCCCACGGAGUUCACACUACAUUCAGGAAGGCAGAUGAAUGCUGGGCGGCCAUGUUGAAUGGAUGGGGGUCACACGAUCGAUUUGUCUCAUGGCAUUGUUGCACCCCUCAUACACACCAGCGCCACUUUUCCCGCCACCCUGAUGCACCUGUCUGCAGUUCAAAGGAGGGAGGGGUUUCCAUGGUAACCGUGUGCAUGGACAUGAUCAGCAGCAGGAUUUCUUAUGGAUCUUUUGUCGUGAUCAGCAGCUUUCUUGCCAAACCUGAUAGAUUUCCAACACUGAUAUUUUCCCUUCACUGUUGUUCAGGGGGAAUGCUUUAAUCCCAUCACCUGCAUGUUUAUUUGCAUCUUUAUCCAAGCCGAACUCAAACGUCUCGCCUUGCCUCCGUGGCUCUGAAACGCUCACCAUGUCCAGCUGGACUUCAAGUUUUCUGUGUCAUGACUGAGCUGUGGCCAUAAUAUAAGCUGAACCUUUCCUCACGAAUCCCAGCUGAACCGGUCCUCACAAAUUCCGAGCUGAGCCUUUCCUCACGAAUCCCAGCCGAGCCUUUCCUCACGCCUCCAUGUGUUCGCUGUAAUGAAACGUAUAUUUAUACGGUAGAAAAGCCAUCAGGCGCCGCUCUGUCUCCAGUUGUGAAGCUUUCACGUGGGAAUGAAAGACAGCAAAGCCAUAAAUCCCAACUGUUCAUGACUCCUGCAAACAGCAGGAGAAACGCUGAGAUGCCGGACUUCAGGUCUCGUGACGUUUAUUAGAUGGAUUCCUGAUUUUUUUUUGGUUUGCUUUCCUACCAUAAGAUGAGAGGAUUGAUGCCAUUUUUAUUGGAUGAAAUGAAUGAAUAAGCUCAGUUUCAAGGCCUGGAAACAGAAGGAAAAAAUUGUCCCAUAGUUUUGGUAAAAUGGAAUUAAUGACCUUAGUCUAAAUUUAUUUACAAUUACACAAAAACUAAAUUAAUACA